CAGCCUCACUUCCUCAGAAGGUGAUCAUUUCCCCCAUCAUGACUGGAUCUAUUCUCCUGAUCCUGGCCAUUCUCAUGGGGGGCGGUGCUGUGCUCUCAGACGCCGUCAGCCUUGACAUCCAAAACGAUGAGCAGGUGCAGAUAGAAAGCUACAUGCCAUUUCUCUGCUCACCAUCACCACUUUCUCCACUCUCUACUACUUCCUCCUCAGUUCACGCUGUCCGCCCUGCCGAUAUCUCAGUGUUGUAUUCCCUGAGCACAUCGCUGUCUGGCAGGAACGUAACAUCCAGGCUAGCCAGUCAGGUGGCCGAACUGCUGUCAAUUUUUAACCCUGAAGUGAUCACUGGGAAUGGGGACGCAUCACUGCAACCCAGGAGUUUGCUGCAGGAAGUGGAGGAGCUAUCUUUUUCUCUGUCACAUCAGGCGUCAGACUGGAAGUUAGUGCUGCUGUUUGUCUCCACAGAUCACCUGUGCGCAUGCUCACCACACGUUGAUGAUGAGGUCGGCGCUGUUGCGCGGGAGGUAGAAGCAGCUCUGGGGAUGUUACAAGAACAGUUGCAUCACGCAUUAGUCCAUGUUGUGGUGUGGAGUUCAAAUCAACACAGGGACAACAUGUGCGUAGCAGCUAAACACUCAAACCGUCGACUGUGUGAGGCCACUCUUGUGCAAAAAAUGCAGGAUUCCUUGGAUGGUGUGUUGGCACAUUCAAAGUGGCACCGAAUGAACUUCACGGCUCUGCUGCAGCCGCUACCACUUAUCCUGGAGCACACCUCAGAGGACACCUUGUCUGACGUAAGCAAACUGGCUGUGCAGCUGUGGGCAAGCAUGGUAAGCGAAUUCGAGCUUCAGCCGUCUCCCAGUCCAGCAGAGGUCAGCACUUGUCCGACACAGGAACGACCUUACCUGAGGACAAAGGUCAAUUCACCCAACAACAGACAGGAAGUGAAUAACAUCACAGCUACUUUGCAAACAGACCAGGUCAUGGGAACUGAGAUACCCUGCACAGACCGCCAUCCAUCUCCAACAGCACCAAACUCGGUUCAUGAGCUCAGACCUGCAGAUGUCAAGGUGGUGGCAGCAGUGGGCGACUCUCUGACAGCAGGCAAUGGCGUGGGUGCAAAGUCGGACAACCUGCUGUUGGUCAUCAACGAGUACAGAGGACUGUCAUGGAGCAUUGGCGGUGAUGAAAACAUUACCACAGUCACCACUCUGCCAAACAUCCUGAGGGAGUUCAACCCUUCUCUGACGGGUUUCUCUCAGGGAAUAAGCAAGGCUGACUCUCCUGGAGCCUUUCUCAACCAGGCAGUAGCCGGAGCCAAGAGUGGUGACGUGGUGCAACAAGUGCGCACCCUAGUGGCCAAAAUGAAAAAUGACACGAGAAUUGAUUUCCACAAGGACUGGAAAGUGAUCACCAUGUUUAUUGGCGGCAAUGACAUAUGUGACUUCUGCACAGACAGCGUGUUUUUCUCACCAAGGAAUGUGGCCGGCCGUAUCCGUCAAGCUCUGGAUAUACUCCAUGACGAAGUGCCACGUGCGCUGGUCAACCUGGUAGAGCUGUUGAACAUUAUACCGCUGCGUGAUCUGCAUAAAGAUUACACUCUAGGCUGCCCCACCUGGUUUGUCAGAAUAGUUUGCCCCUGCGUACUGAAGCCAAAUGAUGGUUCAGCAGAACUCCAGAAGGUCAACGAAUACAGUAGAGCCUAUCAGCAUGCAAUGCGAGAGCUGGUCGACUCGGGGCGUUAUGACACGCACGCCAACUUCACUGUAGUACUGCAGCCUUUCUUCAGAGAGGUUUUCCUUCCUACUUUGGAGGACGGAAGGCCAGAUCGCUCCUACUUUACACCUGACUGUUUUCACCUGAGCCAGAGAGCUCACACUCUAAUGGCUCGAGCCCUGUGGAAUAACAUGUUGGAGCCAGUGGGAAACAAGACGUUCACUCAAGACUUCAUGGCUGGGGUUGAUUUAAAGUGUCCCUCUGAGGCUGCUCCAUUCUUUAGAACGGCGGUCAACAGCAACUACACCUUUCCGGGACCUCCGCCAACUCCUCCUCCAGUGACGAACUGGGGCAGCGACUUCUCCUGUCUUAACACGCAUCCAUCUGACUCUGUGCCUGCUUCAGCUCACAGGGUACGACCAGCAGACAUCAAGGUGGUGGCCGCUUUGGGAGACUCGGUCACAACUGGCUUUGGCGCUAAGGCAAAGAAUCUUCUCCAGCUAAGAACAGAGUACAGAGGAGUAUCAUGGAGCAUUGGAGGAGAUAAAACUCUUGAUACUGUCACCACGUUAGCCAACAUUCUCAGGAAGUUUAAUCCAAACCUUAAGGGAGCGUCAAAGGGUCAAGGAAAAAGGAGGAGCGGCUUCAACAUGUCUGUGGGAGGAGCCAAAGCCUCGGGAAUCCCGGAGCAAGUCAGGCGCCUGAUUGACAAAAUGAAAAACGACACUACCGUGGAUUUUGAGAACGACUGGAAGCUGGUGACCCUCUUCAUUGGAGGCAAUGACCUGUGUCAGUACUGUAACGACCGGGCCUCCUUGUCACCUCAGAACUUCAGCCACCACAUGAUGACAAGUUUGGAUAUGCUCUACAAAGAGGUUCCCAGGACCAUCGUAAACAUUCUGGAGAUCCUGCAGAUUGAAAGCCUGCGUAGGAUCAAGAGGGAUAGCCUCGGGUGCAACGUGUUACAACCGUUGGGGUGCCCGUGCUUCGUGCUGCCGAGUGACGACUCGCUGGAGCUGGCUGAGGUCAAGAGGAUCAAUCGGGAAGUGCAGAUGGAGACAGAGAAUUUGGCCCACAGCAGUCGCUAUGACAACAGGGAAGACUUUGCUGUGGUGGUGCAGCCCUUUUUUAAAAACUCCAUCCUUCCUUUGAAUGCCGAUGGCAGACCUGACGUCACCUACUUCUCAGAGGACUGUUUCCACUUCAGUGAGAGGGGACAUGCCGACAUGGCUGUGGCCAUGUGGAAUAACAUGAUGGAGCCGGUGGGCAAAAAGAAGACAUACAAUCAUUUCACAAACGCCAGAAAUAGGAUCAGGUGUCCCACAGAGGAGCAUCCUUACAUUUUCACAAAGGUCAACAGCUUGCCCAGUGUAGACCCCACCACCUCAACCACCACCUCAACUACCACCUCAACCACCACCUCAACCACCACCACCACCACAUCACCAUCAACUCACAGCACGGCAUUUCCCGUCACGCCGCCAUCUUGCCCCGGGGAUGUCCCGGUGUGGCUGGCUGCAGUGCUGGCUGUCAGCGCUCUCCUCAUUGGCUGGGGCCUUACCUGGCUGUUGCUCACCUGCAAUGCCAAGAGGAGGAAGAGGCGGAUGAACACAACUACAGUGGAGAUGAAGAGCUCCUUGUUUUAACCAUGAAACGCACCACUUGAUAGACAAUAGACCUUUAAAAUGGAGCGUUAUCAUGUCUGGAAAGGCAGAUUUUGAAUAGAGUGGUUUUACUGGAUCUCAGGAAGAUGGUGCAGGUGCACGUCGUAAUUGUACUUGUCUCCAAUUGUUUGUUUGUUGUCGUCGUAUAUAUCUUGAUAUUACACUACAGUAACAUGAAGCCAAUCAAAUGCAGGUACUGUUCAACAUGCCGCAGCACCCAAUUUCGCUGUCAUGUAAUUAUUUUUAUUUUAAUUAAAUGUUAAAAAAAUAUUUUUUACAAAUUCUAUAUUAUCAUGUUAAAAUUAUUAAAAUGUUGUAGCUGGUCUAACAACUACAGUAAUUGAAUUACCCCAUCAAGACAAAUGAAAACAUUGCAAAUUGUGUAAAUAAAAUACACAUUUUACAUCAUGCUAAACCAUUAUUUACAUUGGUUUUAUUGUACAUUAUCCUAAUUUACUUGGAUUAUAUAACAAUGAUACUCUCUUGGUGUACAUAUAAGUACAUAUAUUAAUAGGUUACAUAUAAUAAUAAAGAUUGCCUGGCAAUUACAUUUUCUCUGUAAUGUGUCAAAUUCAUA